CGAACAUGUAUUUACAUUUUAUUUUCUAAGUGUUACGUUUUGGGUCUUGAGUUGAUUAUUGAAAACAUUUAAUUUAUGUGUUUUAUGUUCUGAGUUACCGUUACUGUACUCCCGAACUCUACAGAAAGCAGAUCACAAUCCCUAUAGAAUUUCUAGAAAUAAAUACACAUGCAAGUCCCCUGGAUAUGUUAAUUACUGAAAGGUUCGCAAAAACAAUUUAACAACGGUUAAAAUAAGGGAAAACCAUAAAAUUGACAGCUGUGUCCGCUAAGCCUACCUGAUUGGUGUUAGGUGGAUUAGGAAAAAUAUAAGCCUGUCAUAAAAAUUUGCUCAUGGUCUAUAUUUUACCUGAUCCUGCUAUAUAAACCAUCACCAGUGCGCCUCAAAGCCACAGUUACAAACUGAAACGUAUAACGUCAACAACCAGCCAAAGAGGUAUUAUAAAAUGGUUCUGAGCAAUUCUACGCCAAACAACGUGUCCAAGCACAACGAGAUGGUAGUAAACACCGCAGCCAUGAAAAGUGAGGAUCUCAGCGAGCUCCUGCAGCUAAACGCGGAGAUUGACGAGCGACGUCGCUGCAGCAGGAUCGGAGAUGCCAGAAAUGCCUGCGGAUUGCUCCGAGCUACAAUGACCCGAGAGGAGCUGUUUGAGAUUUCCUCGCUAGAUGACGAUCGCUUUCUCACUGCCCUGGAGCACCAAAAUUCGUACUCCACACCGCGUCGAGUUCAGGUUACUGAUCUGGACUUGUCCAGUAUCGAGAAUCUGAUGAAGUACUUCGACGAAGAUGUACCUGUGACGCCCACCAAAAUACUGGGGGCCGCUAAGGCGGCCGCCCCCAAAGGCAAGGUGGCCAGCGUCAUUGCUAAGUUGGCCCUCCAGCCGGACACGGUCACCCCGCCUAAACCAAACGUGAGUAGUGGGCACCUGAAAAUCAGUGAACUCAAGCAGAAGUACGAACAGUCGGAGAUUGAUACCCCACAGUUUGGGCACCAUAAACAAAGAAAGUCGGCGGCUUCGCUGCCUAUGAAAGUGAAGGAAAUGGCCCAACUGUUCAACUCAAAAAUUAGCCAGGUAAUGCGAGGCGUGGAGCCGCAUUACGUUCAGCUGCAAAAUGAGCUCUCGCCAGAGGCCAAGCCGCAGCACCACUUAGUGUCGGACUCCCAAGUCCAAGGCCCUUGCUUGGUGGCCGAGGAAGUAUUCCGCGAACUGAGCGUCAAGGACAAAGCACUUUUGUUUAACAAGUUUAUUGGAGACAUGGCAACCAAGCAUCCCAAGUUCACUGCACACGCUGCGGAAAUCAAGGCACAAGUAAAUAAGCAGGUGGCCCGCGGCGAGGUGGUGGCGGAGCAACAAGCCAGCGUCAAGUAUUUGGCUCAGGAGUUGGAAGCAAAGUGUAUCCUGCUGCCGGGAUCACCACCUCGACCAGGUGGUGCUUCUCCUUCUAAGACAACUGAGAGAAAAAUUGAGACAUGUGGAACUCAGCUCCAUGUGAGCACACUGACCGUGAUUCUGAAGCCUGGACCCAGUACGGAGCGCAGGGAUUCGCAGACAUUGACCCGUAGUUGCCUUGACCGCCAGAUCGGGGACAACAGCCGCGAGCGAUCCCAAAAACGAAACCUUUCCGCGAUACGCAGAGUCCUGCCAACUGAGGCAUAUGCGCCGCCCAAGAAGAUUCGUCGCACUCAACAGGAGCGCAACGGAUACGACAACCAAAUGUUUUUUCAAAACGAACCGCUUGAAACCCUGUUCUACAGCUGGCUAAGCACAGAAAAUGGCGUGCAGUUCGACAUAACUAGUGUAUCUAACGGCCAGCAGACCAUCGAGAUAGCCAGCGAGGAGGAGCAGCCGAUUCUAGAGCCGAGUACCGUCACGUUGAAAGAUGUAAGCCAAAAGUCCGCUGUCGAGCGCCUCUUGGAGGAGGCUAUAGCCAAACUAGAGCUGGAGAAUGAGGCAAAGGAGGCAGCUUACAUCGAGCAAGACGAGGUGAACAUGGUUCAGGAUCAGGUCAUCCCAGUCACUCCGAGGCGCAUCAAGCGCCAGGCUCCUCCAGUGCCUGCUCCCCGUCUGAGUCUGAGUCAGACUCCUUCCAGUGCCUCUAGCUGCAAGCAAUCCGAAGGUGAAGAAAGCGAAUCCGGGUUGUCUACUCUGCCCAAGAUUACCAGCGACGAAUCUCAGCCCGAGACGCCCAAGGAAGAAGUGCAAUCAGGUGGUUUUGAUUUUGCAAAGCCUCAGCGCCCACCGCGUAAAAAGAAGAUGCGCCGAACUCUGACGUGGAAGAAAGAAAAUUCCAUAGUCGAGGCCACCGCAAUCACCUCAACGGACUCCGAUUCGGAUUAUAAGCCGCCGAUUUCAGCACCAGCCAAGAAAAAAACGGGAGCGAUUUGUGGCUUCCCACUGCCCGAGCAAAGUUUUAUUGAAUUGGACAAGUCCUUAAUGCGACACGUAAACUCGCCGCGAAAAAUCAAUGCAGCGUACACUCUGACCGUUAUGUCUUCUCCCUCUCCAAAUGCAGACAGCGAUCAGUCACCUUCUCAGACACCAAGGCAGUCCCUCGGCCAAACAAUGCGGGACAGUUUCGUAGAUCAAGGCUUUGAGACGUGCUCUAAUGAUCCCAUGGAUAGUAGUCCCCUGCGCCGAUCAUCGGAAGGUACCGCAGAGUCGAAGCCCUCCGGGUUUUCUACACCCGUAAAAAUUCGUCACCCUUGCAGCCCUGCGCAACAGCAACUGUUUAGCCCCAUACUCGCCCAGGAGCGGCCUCGACGCAGUUCUCUGGCCAUGCAGGUGAUUCGGGAAGACCACCCUCUCGACCUUGAUGCCACAUGCACCUCGCCUUCCACAGCUGGCAGUGAGCGUGAGUUCUUUGCCAACGCCCCGACGGUUGAGAUUGACAACUCCCAGGAUGAGAUUCCAGCCAGCAACCCACAGUCAAUGUUUUGGGUCACAUCAGGGGACUUUACUGUCUCUUUGGAAAUCUUCAGGAACAGCCCAGAGCGCCUUCGUCUGCUGUACGAGAUAUUCACUCAGAAAAGUUGGGAGACUCGUGAUCUGGCCUUCGGAAUCGACGGUCACAAGUUCACUCGCGGAGGUGCAAGCUCGGAAUCCAGUCGACAGUCGCUACCAGAGCGACCGCCUAGUGUUAAGGGCUGCUCCCACUAUUGGUUCGCCAGCGGAGACCUUGCUGUGCCCUUCAGCGGCAAGCAUAUUUCCGGCGAGAAGAUUGAGCGGCUAUUUGAUUUUCUUAACGGGGAGCAGUCGGAGUUACGUUUUGGCGUGGACCACAUCGAAUUUAGUAGCGGUCCCGAGUUCUGGCCCACAACCCAGAAGUAUUCGAUCGAGAGCAGCUACAGCAUGCUGGUGGGUCUGCAGACGGGCGCCAGCAAUGGCUUAGAGGGGCGCAGCAAGUACUCCUGGCCCAACAAUAGCAACAUAGCCAACCAGGCGAUCAAGACUAGUGACUUGGAUCAGACGGAGUUUGAAACCGACAGUUUCGGCAACAAUAGCGGAAGGCUGUCCUUUUCACCCGACAUGUUCUCCCUGGACUACGAACCAGUUCCCUUGGACGAACUCUUCGCGAAGACUCCUUCAUGUGCCGCAGCUCCCGUCAUGUCUAUGCCGCAGAUGAUGCAGACGUUAAAGGAACAGCAAAACAAACUUCGCAGCGUGGAACAGCGCAUCCGAUGCUACUCUAAGCCGUCAAAUCUGGCGGACGCCUCAUUGGAGCACUGCCGCAAUACACCACAGUAUAUCCACAAGCUGCGAUCCGUUAUCCGGGUAAUAGAUAACAUUGGACGAGAUGAUGGCUUCCGCGGCUGCUCGAUGGAGCAACUCGAGAGUUUCAUGUAUUUUCUCAGUGAGUAUGCGGAUGUGUGCCUGGCCAAUUGCAGCGAGCACAUGGACAAGAUACUGGACACACUGUUGGACCGUAGGGCCGUGGAGGUCUGAGCGAUGCUGCUUUUAUAUAAAAAUUUGACUCUAUUGUAAGCUUUCAUUACCAAUUAGUUUCUAGACAUUAACAUAUAAUGUUAAAAAUAUUUUGAAGAAUACAUUCUUAAAAG